AUGGCACACUUGCUGUUACCUCGGGGCACCAGCAGCUUCCGCAGGUUCACGCGCGAGUCCCUGGCGGCCAUCGAGAAGCGCGUGGCGGAGAAGCAGCAGGCCCGAGGCCGCGCCGCUUCGCAGGACAGCCGCGAGGGCCUCCUGCAGGAGGAGGCGCCCCGGCCCCAGCUGGACCUGCAGGCUUCCAAGAAGCUUCCAGACCUCUACGGCAACCCACCCCGGGAGCUCAUCGGGGAGCCCCUGGAGGACCUGGACCCUUUCUAUAGCACCCAAAAGAGUAGGAAAAUGUCUGUGAGACUCUUAGCCGCCACGCUCUUCAGCAUGCUCAUCAUGUGCACCAUCCUUACCAACUGCGUGUUCAUGGCCCAACACGAUCCUCCUCCCUGGACCAAGUAUGUCGAGUACACCUUCACCGCCAUCUACACCUUCGAGUCCCUGGUGAAGAUCUUGGCCCGAGGCUUCUGCCUGCACGCGUUCACCUUCCUGCGGGACCCUUGGAACUGGCUGGACUUCAGCGUCAUCGUCAUGGCAUACACAACUGAAUUUGUGGACCUGGGUAAUGUGUCAGCCUUACGCACCUUCCGAGUUCUCCGGGCCCUGAAAACUAUAUCAGUCAUUUCAGGCCUGAAGACCAUCGUGGGGGCGCUGAUCCAGUCGGUGAAGAAGCUGGCGGACGUGAUGGUGCUCACGGUGUUCUGCCUGAGCGUGUUCGCGCUCAUCGGCCUGCAGCUCUUCAUGGGGAACCUGAGGCACAAGUGUGUGCGCAACUUCACGCUGCUCAGCGACACCAACGGCUCCGUGGAGGCCCAGGGCCUGGUGUGGGAGUCGCUGGACCUCUACCUCAACGACCCAGACAACUACCUGCUCAAGAAUGGCACCUCUGAUGUCUUGUUGUGUGGGAACAGCUCCGAUGCUGGGACAUGUCCCGAGGGCUACCGGUGCCUGAAGGCGGGCCAGAACCCCGAUCACGGCUACACCAGCUUCGACUCCUUCGCCUGGGCCUUCCUGGCCCUAUUCCGUCUCAUGACACAGGACUGCUGGGAGCGUCUCUACCAGCAGACGCUGCGGUCGGCCGGCAAGAUCUACAUGAUCUUCUUCAUGCUGGUCAUCUUCCUGGGCUCCUUCUACCUGGUCAACCUCAUCCUGGCCGUGGUCGCCAUGGCCUACGAAGAGCAGAACCAGGCCACCAUUGCCGAGACGGAGGAGAAGGAAAAGCGCUUCCAGGAGGCCAUGGAGCUGCUGCGCAAGGAGCAGGAGAGCCCCAUGGAUAACCUUAGAAAGCAAGAGCAGGGCAGAGCCGAGCAUCUAACCAGAGCCUCCCGCCUGCAGCGGCCACUGCCCCGUGAGCAGAACUCACAUGUAUGUCCUGAUUAUCCCCCUCAGACCACACCAUCAGAAGAUCCAGGUGGAGCCCAGAUGCUGACACCCCAAACUCCAUGUGUAGAUGGAUUUGAGCCGCCAGGGGCAAGACAGCGAGCCCUCAGUACAGUCAGUGUCCUCACCAGCGCUCUGGAAGAGUUGGAAGAAUCCCACCGCAAGUGUCCACCAUGUUGGAACCGCUUCGCUGAACGCUACCUGAUCUGGGAGUGCUGCCCACUGUGGCUGUCCAUCAAGGACAAGGUGAAGUUCGUGGUCAUGGACCCCUUUGCCGACCUCACCAUCACCAUGUGCAUCGUCCUCAACACACUCUUCAUGGCGCUGGAGCACUACAACAUGACCACUGAAUUUGAGGAGAUGCUGCAGGUCGGAAAUCUGGUCUUCACCGGGAUCUUCACAGCAGAGAUGACCUUCAAGAUCAUCGCCCUUGACCCCUACUAUUACUUUCAGCAGGGCUGGAACAUCUUCGACAGCAUCAUCGUCACCCUCAGCCUCAUGGAGCUGGGCCUCUCCAGGAUGGGCAACCUAUCCGUGCUGCGUUCCUUCCGCCUGCUGCGGGUCUUCAAGCUGGCCAAGUCCUGGCCCACCCUGAACACACUCAUCAAGAUCAUCGGGAACUCGGUGGGUGCGCUGGGCAACCUGACUCUGGUGCUGGCCAUCAUCGUGUUCAUCUUCGCCGUGGUGGGCAUGCAGCUCUUCGGCAAGAACUACUCGGAGCUCAGCCACCGCAUCAGUGACCCAGGCUUCCUGCCCCGCUGGCACAUGAUGGAUUUCUUCCAUGCCUUCCUCAUCAUCUUCCGCAUCCUGUGUGGAGAGUGGAUCGAGACCAUGUGGGACUGCAUGGAAGUCUCAGGCCAGUCCCUGUGUCUGCUGGUCUUCUUGCUCGUGAUGGUGAUCGGAAAUCUUGUGGUGCUGAAUCUCUUCCUGGCCUUGCUGCUCAGCUCCUUCAGCGCAGACAACCUCACGGCCCCAGAUGAAGACGGGGAGAUGAACAACCUGCAGCUGGCCCUGGCCCGCAUCCAGAGGGGCCUGCGCUUCGUCAAGAGGACCACCUGGGACUUCUGCUGCAGGCUCCUGCGGAGACCCAAGAAGCCGGUGAUCCUCACCCCCCGCAGCCAGCUGGCCAGCUGCUUGGCCAGCCCCAGCCCGCCAGCGCCCCCCGAGACCGAGAAGCCACCCCCCGCCCGCAAGGAAACCCGGUUUGAAGAAGCUGCACGGCCAGGCCAGGGUGGCACCCCUGGGGACUUGGGGCCUGUGUGCGUGCCCAUUGCUGUGGCCGAGUCGGACACCGAUGAUCAGGAAGAGGAAGAGGAGGAGGAAGAGGAGGAGGAGGAGGAGGAGGAGGAGGAAGAAGACAGUCGGGGUACUGAGGACGAAUCCAGCAAACAGCCUCUUCGCCAGGAAUCCCAGGCAGUGUCCCACAGCCCAGAGGCCUCUGUGGAGCCCAGGGCCCCCAGCCAGGUGUCCGAAACCAUCUCCUCCUCCAAGAUGGGGACCAAUGGGCCUCAGGCAGACUGGCAACGGCGGUGGAACAUGGCGCCCCGGGUCCCAGGUCCCAGCGAGAACCCCGAGGACAGCUUCUCAGAGGCGAGCACUGCAGACAUGACCAACACGGCCGAUCUCCUGGAGCAGAUACCCGAUCUUGGCGAGGAUGUCAAGGACCCGGAGGCCUGUUUCACCGAAGGCUGCAUCCGGCGCUGUCCCUGCUGCGCGGUGGACAUCACCCAGUCCCCGGGGAAGGUCUGGUGGCGACUUCGGAAGACGUGCUACCGCAUCGUGGAGCACAGCUGGUUUGAGACGUUCAUCAUCUUCAUGAUCCUGCUCAGCAGCGGGGCCCUGGCGUUCGAGGACAUCUACCUGGAGGAGCGGAAGACGAUCAAGGUGCUGCUGGAGUAUGCCGACAAGAUGUUCACCUACGUGUUUGUGUUGGAGAUGUUGCUCAAGUGGGUGGCCUACGGCUUCAGGAAGUACUUCACCAACGCCUGGUGCUGGCUAGACUUCCUCAUCGUGGACGUGUCCCUGGUCAGCCUGGUGGCCAACACGCUGGGCUUUGCCGAGAUGGGCCCCAUCAAGUCGCUGAGGACGCUGCGUGCGCUGCGACCCCUCAGGGCCUUGUCGCGGUUUGAGGGGAUGAGGGUGGUGGUCAAUGCGCUGGUGGGCGCCAUCCCCUCCAUCAUGAACGUCCUGCUCGUCUGCCUCAUCUUCUGGCUCAUCUUCAGCAUCAUGGGCGUGAACCUGUUCGCGGGCAAGUUCGGCCGCUGCAUCAACCAGACGGAGGGCGACCUGCCACUCAACCACACGAUCGUGAACAACAAGAGCGACUGCGAGGCCUUCAAUGUGACCGGCGAGCUGUACUGGACCAAGGUCAAGGUCAACUUCGACAAUGUGGGCGCUGGCUACCUGGCCCUGCUACAAGUGGCAACUUUUAAAGGCUGGAUGGACAUCAUGUACGCAGCGGUGGACUCCCGAGGGUACGAAGAGCAGCCGCAGUGGGAAUACAACCUGUACAUGUACAUCUACUUCGUGGUCUUCAUCAUCUUCGGCUCUUUCUUCACCCUGAACCUCUUCAUUGGCGUCAUCAUCGACAACUUCAACCAACAGAAGAAAAAGUUAGGAGGCCAAGACAUCUUCAUGACAGAAGAACAGAAGAAAUAUUACAACGCCAUGAAAAAGCUGGGCUCCAAGAAACCCCAAAAGCCCAUUCCUCGGCCCCUGAACAAGUACCAGGGCUUCCUGUUCGACAUCGUGACCAAGCAGGCCUUCGACGUCACCAUCAUGUUCCUCAUCUGCCUCAACAUGGUCACCAUGAUGGUGGAGACGGACGACCAGAGCCCCGAGAAGGUCAGCAUCCUCGCCAAGAUCAACCUGCUCUUCGUGGCCAUCUUCACGGGCGAGUGCUUUGUCAAGAUGGCCGCCCUGAGACAUUACUACUUCACCAACAGUUGGAACAUCUUCGACUUCGUGGUGGUCAUCCUCUCCAUCGUGGGCACCGUGCUGUCCGACAUCAUCCAGAAGUAUUUCUUCUCCCCUACGCUCUUCCGGGUCAUCCGCCUGGCCCGCAUCGGCCGCAUCCUCCGGCUCAUCCGGGGUGCCAAGGGCAUCCGCACCCUGCUCUUCGCCCUCAUGAUGUCCCUCCCGGCCCUCUUCAACAUCGGCCUGCUGCUCUUCCUCGUCAUGUUCAUCUACUCCAUCUUCGGCAUGGCCAACUUCGCUUACGUCAAGUGGGAGGCGGGCAUCGACGACAUGUUUAACUUCCAGACGUUCGCCAACAGCAUGCUGUGCCUCUUCCAGAUCACCACCUCGGCCGGCUGGGACGGCCUCCUCAGUCCCAUCCUCAACACCGGGCCUCCCUACUGCGACCCCGAUCUGCCCAGUGGCAACGGCUCCCGGGGGAACUGUGGGAGCCCGGCCGUGGGCAUCCUGUUCUUCACCACCUACAUCAUCAUCUCCUUCCUCAUCGUGGUCAACAUGUACAUCGCCAUCAUCCUGGAGAACUUCAGCGUGGCCACGGAGGAGAGCACCGAGCCCCUCAGCGAGGACGACUUCGACAUGUUCUACGAGAUCUGGGAGAAGUUCGACCCCGAGGCCACGCAGUUCAUCGAGUACGCCGCCCUGUCCGACUUCGCCGACGCCCUGUCCGAGCCCCUGCGCCUCGCCAAACCCAACCAGAUCAGCCUCAUCCACAUGGACCUGCCCAUGGUGAGCGGAGACCGCAUCCACUGCAUGGAUAUCCUCUUCGCCUUCACCAAAAGGGUGCUGGGUGAAUCCGGGGAAAUGGACGCCCUGAAGAUCCAGAUGGAGGAGAAGUUCAUGGCGGCCAACCCGUCCAAGAUCUCCUACGAGCCCAUCACCACCACGCUGCGGCGCAAGCACGAGGAGGUGUCGGCCACGGUCAUCCAGCGCGCCUUCCGGAGACACCUGCUCCAGCGCUCCGUGAAGCACGCCUCCUUCCUCUUCCGACGGCAGACCUGCAGCAGCGGCAGCGACGGGGGGCUCUCCCAAGAGGACGCCCCAGAAAGAGAAGGCCUCAUCGCCUACAUGAUGACUCAGAACUUCUCCCGGCCCAAUGGCGGGAGUGAUGGGGGCCCUCCCUCCAGCUCCUCCAUCUCUUCCACCUCCUUCCCGCCAUCCUACGACAGUGUCACCCGGGCCACCAGCGACAACCUCCAAGCCAGGGUGUCCGACUACAGUCGGAGCGAAGACCUGGCAGAUUUCCCCCCGUCCCCAGACAGGGACCGCGAAUCUAUCGUGUGA